GAGAUAAUUCCAAGCCAAAAUGCCAGUUUACCACAUUGUGCUUUUCCGCCUCAAGGCAGGCAUCACCCCAGCCCAGGUCGAGACAUGGGCACAAACAGCCAAAGGAAUGGUUGGCAAGAUUCCCGGACUCGUGUCGCUUGAAGCGAAUACCCCGUUGCCAAUCUCCUUGCCCCGCUCGAAGGGAUUCGAUAUGGGAAUCGUGGCUGUUUUGGACAAGAAAGAGACUAUAGCGGAAUAUGCUGUGCACCCCGCCCACAUGGAAGUUCACAGGAUGCGGGAAGAGCUGUGCGAGGAUACCUUGGCUUAUGAUCUGGAGUUCUAAUCAGAAUACUAUAUCAAACGUUUUAUACUAUCCAGGA